AUGCUCGCAUCACUCGUCCUCGUCCUCCCGCUCCUCGCGGGAGUGACCAACGCCGCUGGCGGCGACCACUACGUCCCUCACAAGACUUCCGGCACCAAGACGCCCGUCAAGCGCGACGCCAACCCCAACGCAGACCCCGCUGGCGGGGACCACUACGCUCCCCACCGCAAGACGUCCCGGGGCUGGAACCUCUGGCGUAAGCCUUCUGCCCGCGAAGCUGAGGCCGAGGCUGCCGCCUGGGCGCACUACGAUGGCCCUCUUGAUGAGCGCGGUCUCCCAAUCACUGCCACCACGACUGUUGUUGUCCCUGUGACUAUCACCGAAACCAUCUGGGUGGACGCCGAGACCGUGAGCCCGGUGCCUACCGCCACCGACACGGGGUCCCCGUCGAGCGCCGAGCCAACCUCUGUUUCGCCUUCCUCGGACCCCUCGUCGUCUGCCCCUUCCAUUGCGCCUUCGUCGUCCACAGACUCGGUGUUGCCCACAGAGACGUUAUUCACUGGUUCGGUUGAGCCGACCACUGCAGCAAACGCCUCGAUCACCGACUCGGCAGUCUCGCAGUCCUCCACCUGGCUCAUCGACCCCACCGACACUGUGACGUCUGAUGCAACUCGCCCGACAGAGUCUGGUACUCUGUCUGAAGAACAACCCUCCACCUCCUCCUCUGCGUCCCCCAACGCAACAGAGUCCUCAGUCGCGCCCAACGUGACUGAGACCUCUGUCUCGAGCGACCCCACGUCGACUCGCCACCACCAGCAGUCGAGUACCUCGACCGAGUCUGAGCUCCCCACAGACUCGGCUUCGACCCUCCUCCCCAAUGAGACUCAAUCGGCUACCGAAUCGCUCCCGACUGCGUCGGAGACGACUUCGCACACUGGCCACAGCUCUGCGACUGCUUCUGCGACCGAGUCUACUACCAACUCGCUCACCGAGACAGAGUCUUCGUCUGAGACGGCGACUCUUCUCCCCACGUCCACUCCUGCUACUGUUUCGGCUACCUCAACCUCUACAUCCUCGUCGGCAGCCGCGACCUCGUCGUCUGCGUCAACUGACGGCAUGAUCAUGGCCGGUUACUACGCCGACUGGAUGUCCGACUCGCUCACCCCCGAGGACAUUGACUGGACCAAGUUUGACGUUGUCGACUAUGCCUUUGCCGAGCCUACCUCGAGCGGUGGCCUCACCUUUGACGUCUCGGACGAGGGCUCGCUCCUCACCCGUCUCGCUACCCUCGCCCACGCCGCCGGCAAAAAGGUCAAGCUCUCUGUCGGUGGCUGGACUGGCUCGGCCUACUUCUCGACCCUCUGUGCCUCGUCGAGCAAGCGCGCUACCUUUAUCGCCAACAUUGUCGCCGCAGUCACCAAGUACGACCUCGACGGUAUCGACAUUGACUGGGAGUACCCUGGUGCGGAGGGUGCCGACGGCAACGCCGUUUCGUCUUCCGACUCUGCCAACUUCCUCACGUUCCUCACCGAGCUCAGGGCUGCCCUUCCUACCGGUUCGCUCAUCACCGCCGCUACCCAGGUUUGGCCCUUCUACGGCUCCGACGGCCAGCCCAUGUCGGACGUUUCCGCCUUUGCCGCCGUUCUUGACUGGAUCCUCAUCAUGAACUAUGACAUCUGGGGAUCGUCCUCCACCCCCGGCGCCAACGCUCCUCUUUCGGACGGCUGUGGCAACUCGUCGCAGCCCACUGCCAACGCCUACUCGGCCGUCGCCUCGUGGACCGCUGCUGGCUUCCCCGCCAACCAGAUCACACUCGGCGUCCCGGCCUACGGUUACAUCCAAAAGUCGACCGCUACCCAGCUCUACGACCGUUCGUGGCGCGGUAUCCCCAUUCCUCCCCACAAGCAGAAGGCCCGUGCCAGCAGCUCGGUCACCGUUUCCAACACCGACGGCGGCACCACCGACGGCCAGAUCAUGUUCGACGGCCUCGUCUCGCAGGGCGCCCUCGUCCUCUCGGACGGCUCGUACAUUGGUGCCGGCGGCUUUACCCGCCACUGGGACUCGUGCUCCUCGACCCCUUGGCUCAAGUCGACCUCCUCGGGCCAGAUCGUCACCUACGACGACCCCGAGUCGAUGAACCUCAAGGGCCAGUUUGCCAAGCAGGCCGGUCUCAAGGGCUGCAACGUCUGGUCCAUGGACGGCGACUACCUCGCCAGUGCCUGGCCCAACACCGCCGCCGUGCGCUCGGGUAUGGGUAUUUAA